GAGCGUAAUUACUCUGUGAAAGAUGGUUUCACGAAGGACCGUUAUACAGCAAGUCAGUGUUGAUGAGCCGGAAGGUGCUUCACAAAACACAUCACCAGACGAGAAAAUACAACAAGACCGUGGAAGCAUUGCAUUGUUAUUAUUGCUGUAUAUUUUACAAGGCAUUCCCCUGGGUCUUACAGGCAGUAUUCCACUUAUAUUGCAAAGUAGGCAUGUGGCUUACAAAGACCAAGCUAUGUUUAGUUUUGCAUUCUGGCCAUUCAGCGUUAAGCUCUUGUGGGCACCUAUAGUCGACUCUGUUUUCUCAAGGCGAAUGGGUCGACGAAAAUCUUGGCUUAUACCAACACAGUAUCUUAUUGGUCUGUUCAUGAUUGUGUUAUCAUGGGAAGCAGAUACUUUGUUGGGUCAUGACAGUAAAGAUAGUCCAAUUAAUGUUUAUAAACUAACAGCUUUAUUUUUCUCCUUGUGUUUUCUGGCUGCAACACAAGAUAUUGCAACUGAUGGCUGGGCACUAACCAUGCUCUCAUCAAGGAAUGUUGGAUAUGCUUCAACCUGUAAUUCAGUAGGGCAAACCGCUGGUUAUUUCAUGGGAAAUCUUUGUUUUUUGGCAUUAACAUCUCCUGCACUGGCUAACAAAUACCUUAGAUCUACCCCCCAGGAAACUGGCAUUAUAAAAAUAUCUGAGUUCUUGUUGUGUUGGGGAUUGAUAUUUGUUGUAACAACAACAUUGGUCUGGAUUUUCAAACAUGAGAAAGACCUAAGAAAUAAUGAGGAUGUUGUUAAACGUGAUGUAUCAGCUGCCUACAAGACUGCUUGGAAGAUUGUCUGUUUACCAAAUGUCCAGCAACUUAUGAUAAUACUUUUCACUAUUAAGAUGGGUUUUGCUGUCACAGAUGCUGCAACUGGUCUCAAACUCAUUGAAGCAGGAGUGCCAAAGGAAACACUGGCAAUGUUGGCAGUCCCAAUGAUCCCAAUACAAAUCACGCUACCUUGGAUAAUUAGUCGAUAUGCUACCGGGCCAAGACCUUUAGAUAUUUCCCUCAAAGCAAUGCCUUUACGGUUGUUAAUGUCUAUUGUGUUUUGUUUAUGUGUUUGGUGGGCACAUCAUGUACGUGCUCCUGGUGAACAUGACUUUCCUACAUAUUUCUAUAUUGUCCUAUUGUUAUUCUAUGCUUUACACCAGGUAACAGCAAACUGCAUGUUUGUUUCGGCAAUGACAUUCUUUGCACGCGUGAGUGACCCAGCCGUGGGUGGAACGUAUAUGACUUUGCUUAACACACUGAGUAAUCUUGGUGGAGUAUGGACCAGCACAACUGCUCUUUGGUUUGUUGAUGUUUUAACAUGGAAAUCUUGUAUUGGAACUACUAAUACUACUGAUGUUAGCUGCAAUACAAAACUUGAUGAAAAGUUGUGUAUGGAUUCUGGUGGAACUUGCAUAACAGAUAUUGAUGGAUAUUAUAUUGAAACUGUAAUAUGUGUUUGCAUUGGAUUUUUAUGGUUGAGAUGGAAACGAAAUACAACAAAAAAACUGCAAGAUCAACAUCCAAGCACUUGGAAAACAUCUUAACAGACCAUAUUUUAAAACCUUAGAGCUUAUAACUGAUUUAAAUAAUAAAAUUAGUGUUAUACACUUUU